GGAGAGACCAAAUGCGUUCAAACUAACACUUCGUGGCUACUUCGCCUUCAAGGAUUCAAGCUGUAAUCAACAACAAAAACAUUGCACCAUGCCCCGUGGUACGUACUCUAUUUGUCACACUACAGGCGAAUAUACUCUACAGAAGAGAGUUUAGUGUCACCACUUCUGCUUCAUCGGGCAGAGCUAUGUCAUCAUUGCCUGUUCUCCCAUUUAUAGUCAUAACUGGCCCUCCUGGUGUUGGCAAGACUACUUUGGUUUGUAAGCUGAUGAAGCAGCUCCAAGAGAAGCAGGUUUCUGUUGCAGGAUUCUACACAACUGAGAAGCGUGACACUCAUGGCAACAGAAUUGGCUUCAAUAUUGUUACUACAGAGGGCAUGACAGCUCCUCUGGCAGCUAUUAAGAGUGAUGGAGAUGGCACGAGACUACCCAUGAUUGGUCGCUAUGCUGUUGACGUGGUGGGCUUUGAACGUGUUGCUCUUCCUCUUAUGGAAAAGGCAAGUAGUGCUGGUGUCGCCAAAGCCUCGGUGUUUAUCGUGGACGAGGUUGGCAAGAUGGAGCUGCUGAGCGAUACUUUCUGCCGAGCCCUCGCGUCCCUGCUGGACCAGCGACGCUGCGCCCUGUUGCUCACCAUCCCAGUGGCGGGCCGUGGCCGACCCCUGCCCGUUGUUGAGCGAAUCCGGGGCCACCCCCACGCCCUGCUAGUCACGCUGAAUCGGAGCAAUAGGAACGACGCUGCUCUGCACCAUCGUCUCCUAGAGGCUCUUACUCCACACUAGCGUUCCCUCUGCUAGAGUUAGUACCUAAUACUUUAUCUUAGUUAUUACGUAGUGUUUAGUUAUUCUCUAGUGAUAAAGGGAGAUCUCAUAGUUAGACAGCCAUGAAUAGCUGCAUGGAAUUCGUUUGGAUUUUGUGCCCACUUUAGCCCUCCCAUAGGAAAUAUAUUUGACCAAUCAUUAAGAAUUGUUAUCUUUCAUACAUUUAUAAGGUAGGUAUUUUCUUACUUACGAGUUGUCAGGCAUGAAUGGUAAAUACCUGCUCAAAAUUUCAAGAUCAUUAUGUCCUCUCCGCAACAGAACAUUUAUUAGUAUUGAGCUAGUACUAACACGGCUUGAAAGCACAAUUAACUAGUUUUGAAGUAUGUUUCCUUGUCAAAAACUUAUGUUUUUAACUAUACGGCAGGUUAAUUUUGUAGGCUAUUUCAUCAAUUAUUGAAUUUUUACUACAUUUCAUUUUAUUUUUUGCAUUUAUAUUUCUCUUGUAUCUCCUCAUGCAGCAAUAACUAUAGAAUAUAAAUAAGUUUUCUUAUCCUUCUCUGGUCUAUGGUAGCCUCCUAUAUCUUCACAAUU